UGUUAGCGCAAAAUAGGAAUAAAUUAAUACCUUGCAGCACAAGAAGUGAGAGAGAAAUGCGCGUAAAAUAAAUCAUAAAUUACAUUAUGUUUUCAUUACAAUUCCUUUUUUUAUAAUUUUAUAAACAUAAAUUAGAAAGCUAUAAAACUUUUAAGACUAUUCGUCUUUGAAAGAUUACCUCCCGAUUAUGCGGGCAGGUUCGACAAGCCCAUUUCUCCGAUUCGAACGUCAGCCUGGCCGCGCGACUCGUCGUGACCGCGGGGACGAAAAAUGCGCAGCGCGUUCGCGGACGAACGUCUAUUUCGCAAGCGCAAGCUAAUUCGAUCGCGAGCCGUGCGAUCCUCGAGGCGAGAUGAAAGUAUACCUCCGCCGUGAUCCCCUGCGAGUUUAGUCCUUAUUACCUCCGGGAGAGCCUCCGCCGGUGCCUGCGAGUCACACGCAGGUGGGGUACACAUGCAUGUGUACCCACGGCUGGGCGGGUGACGUGAAGGGGGAUGCUGAAAUUCAUGCACGCGCCGGCGACCGCCGACGUUCUCUGCACGACCUGGAUCAGUUCCUAUAUCGCACCAAGAGGCGUCUCGCGGAAUCCGGCUGGAUCCUAGAGUGUCCCGUGCGUGUCCAUCGUAACAGAGGUCCUCCGGACGUGCGGUGUACGCCGUGUGCCCGUCUCAUCGGGAUCCUGCUUCGAUCGAUGCUUGACGAUCAAUCGUGCAAAUAUGACAACGAUAACAGUGGCGUUGCUGCUUCUCACGGUGACUGUGGCCAGUUCCCUGCCGCUCGCCAAUGUGCACGUGAAAUUCGUGUCGCCUCCCGAUGUGUAUGAGCACAGCGUUACAACAGACGGAAAUCGAACGGUAGCUCAGAAUUCGUUUAUCUCGAUCGGUCGACGAAACGCGGCGAAGCGUUCUAAGGAUCCCGAUUAUAAUUAUAGGACGAGUUUACGGCAAAAUUACUUACGGCAGGUGAUAACAAGUUCAAAAAACGCUGAGUCUAUGUGGCCGGUCGGCGUUUUCCUACCACCGAUUGACGUAAAUGAUCUUGGAUAUAGUUGGCAGGAGGUGCAACGUGACUUCCCCGUUUUCUAUAAAGCGCCCCAAAGAGACCCGUAUUUAUUGACCAAUCCUGAGGCAAUGAUGAUAGUUAAAUACCUCUAUGGAUUGGGUGAGCUUUUCUUCGACGAUUAUCCUCACGCAAGAGCGUUACUGCGAAAUCAAGAAGAGAGGAGGCUGAAUGGUCUACACGGACACAUUCUAGGCAGUCUAAAUCCUAGAUCUCCGUUUCACAGGAAGGAUAGGAAGGAGUGACUAAUCUAAAAGCGAUGAAAGCGGUUUAUACUCAAUAUUACUGGACUCAAAAAUUCGAAAAUAAGCUUAAUUCUACAGUAUGUAACAUUUCUUUUUAUUACAAUUUCUAGAAUUUUGUAAAUAUAUUGCAACAAAAUA